AGCUGUGGGUGGUGAGGGAGGGUCACCGAACGGGUGGGACGGGGGGUGGGGGGCUGGACGAUGGCGGAGCCUCGCCGGGUGCCGUUCAUUAGUCUGUCACCGGUGAGGCGACGAGAAGGCGAGACUCCGGUGCUCGAACGAGAGCCUGGAGGGAGUCGCGAGGUGGAGCAGCCAUUCGUGCGUGAGGCCCUGAAACUGCCAGAGCAGCACCUCCACCACCACGAUAGCGCUCGGGUAGAGCCGCCGCUCUUCGAGUCCUCUCCUCGCUUCGAGCUCCAGUCCCUGCCGCGCGAGAUCAGCCGGCCCGAGCAGACGCCGAAGUCGCUGCUGCCACCUCAGCGUGAGCCCCCAAGGCCAGAGCCUCCGCCGCCCCCGCCCCAGCAGUCACAAUGCGAAAGCAACCGGCAGGAGUCGCCGCCGCCACCACCACCACCUCGGCAGACGGUCCGCUUGGAGUUGGUGCUGAAGGACCCAACCGAGGAGAGCUGCGUGGAGUUCAGCUAUCCCGAAUUGCUGAUGUGUGGCGAGCCCCGGAAAAAGUCCACUUUUGCUGAAGACCCAUUUAAUGAUGAAGAAUGUGAGCAGCAUGAAGUGGAAAUGCUGGCUAAGAAGUUUGAAACAAAAUAUGGUGGAAAGAGCCACAAGCAUCGAAAGGAUCGUGUUCAGGAUCUGAUUGAUAUAGGUUAUGGCUAUGAUGAAACUGAUCCUUUCAUCGAUAAUUCAGAGGCUUAUGAUGAAUUGGUUCCUGCAUCCUUGACUACCAAGUAUGGAGGCUUUUACAUAAACACUGGAACUCUGCAGUUCCGCCAAGCAUCUGACUCUGAGGAGGAAGACUUUACAGAAGGCAAAAAGCAUAGACCACCUAAAAUACCUAAACUGAAAGAUGGUGAAGAUCGUGGAAUGAAGAAGCGCAAACGGAAAGAGGAAGAGGCAGAGAAAGAGAAAAAACCUCGAAAGAUUAAAGUUUCUAAGCAGCUUGGGGUAAUGGCCUUAAAUUCACAUAAAUCUGAAAAGAAGAAAAAGAAGCUGUACAAAGAUUCUUUUUCACUGGCUGCUAUGAUCCGCAAGUUUCAGAAGGAGAAGGAAGCUUUUAAGAAAAAAGAAGUUAACCCGAGUCCUGCUGUGGCCGUUACCAGCUCUGCACCUAAUAAGCUCCCUGCUCCCCCUGCUGCUGCUGCUGCUGUAAAUGAUGUGUCUGACUUGAACCUUAGUGUCACAGAUCCAGUUCUUUCCAUUUUUGGCAGCACACAGCUCCUGCAGGAAGCCGAAAGUGCCCUAGAGAUGCUGGGAGACAUUGACUUUGAUAGGUUGCUUGAUGGCACCUCCAAUGGCAGCCCAGUAUCUGAGCCUUCCGGGGAGAAUGGAAGUGCCACUCAGCCCUCCCACACCUCUGAGGUCCUGACACUGAAACAGGUGCCUGCCCUCCCUGAAGGUCUGCCAGCACAUCUAGAAAAGCGUGUUGAAGACCUUAGAAUUGCUGCCAAGCUCUUCGAUGAAGAAGGCAGAAAAAAAUUCUUCACACAAGACAUGAACAAUAUCUUGCUGGAUAUUGAGUUGCAGUUACAGGAAUUGAAUCCUAGCAUCCGGAAUGGAGUGUACUCCCACCUCGAGGCUUUUGUGCCAUGCAAUAAGGACACCCUGAUAAAGCGUUUGAAGAAACUGCAUCUCAAUGUUCAGGAUGACCGCUUGAAGGAACCAUUGCAAAAACUGAAGUUGGCUGUCAGCAGUGUCAUGCCUGAACAAAUAUUCAAAUAUCAGGAGGACUGCCAGGCACACAGUCAGGCCAGGAAUGCCAAGGCAUGGAACCCAUUUAUGGGACUGCAUGAGUACACCAUUUGCAGAUUGCAAGCUGAAGACGAACGAGACAAGAAUGGCUCUGAGGAGGAGGAUGAUGAGAAGCCAGGAAAGAGGAUUGCAGGACCAAGAAAAAAAUUCCACUGGGAUGAGAACGUGAGGGCUUUGCUGUGCAAUCUUGUCAAGAUAAAACUGGGAUGUUAUGAGCUGGAGCCAAAUAAAAGCCAGUCUGCAGAAGAUUACCUCAAGACCUUUAUGGAGACAGAGGUGAAGCCACUUUGGCCAAAAGGCUGGAUGCAAGCUAGGAUGCUCUUUAAAGAAAGCCGAAGUGUUCAUAAUCAUCUCACAUCUGCUCCGGCAAAGAAAAAAGUGAUUCUGGCACCUAAACCCAAAGUGAAGGACUCUAGUCCAAAGAAGGAGCAGAGAACCUGCACUGCUUUUACUUCUGCUUGUGUUCCUGCUUCAAGUACCAGCACACCUGUCAGUGCCCUAGCCAGUUCUAGCUGUAACCCAGCACCAGAGACAAUCUGUCUGGAUGACUCACUGGAUGAAGAUCUCUCCUUCAACCCACCUUCACUGGAUUCUAUUUCUGAUGCUCUAGCUGUUAUUAACAAUGGAGCCAAAAGUUCUCCUGUUGGGCCCUCUGUAGAGACACCAACUUCGAGACCUCGGCCUGGGCUGAGAGAAGAGAAGUUAGCAAGUAUAAUGAGCAAGUUACCUCUCUCAUCCUCGAAAAAGGUAGAGACUGUUCAGACACCACAUUCAUCAAGUCUUAUAGCUGGGCACACAGGACCAGUACCAAAGAAAUCCCAGGAUUUGCUUCAGACUGGCAUCUCUUCAGGCCUUAUUGCUGGAUCUUCAAUUCAAAACCCCAAGGUUUCCUUGGAGCCCUUGCCAGCCAAGCUUCUGCAACAAGGAUUACAGAGGUCAAGCCAAAUUCAAGCUGCUUCCUCUUCACAGACCCAUAUAUCUUCUUCCUGCAAGGUCCAAGUCACAGCUUCCUCUGCUUCACAGAGGCCAAAGGAUACGGCUGUCCUUGUAACCUCUUCAGAAGUUCAAGGUUGCGGCUCCUCAACAUUACAAGUGACAAAGGUUCACCAGCAAUCAGCUGCCCAACAAAAAUAUGUGUCUCCUCUACAAGCAACUAUUAGUAAAUCUCAGACCAACCCUGUGGUGAAACUAAGUAGCAAUCCUAAACUCUCCUGUUCUUCCCCAGUUACCAAGAGUUCAGAUAAAUCAAUAGUAUACCGCCUUCCUUUACCUAACACCACCUCUGGGAGUAGUUCCCAAAUGGCUCACCCACUUGUGUCUCGGACGACAUCCAGCACCUCUACCUCUAGUAACUAUUUAGCCAAGGCCAUGGUAUCACAAAUUUCUGCCCAGGGUUUCAAGCCUCCUUUCUCCAUGGCUCCCUCCCCCAAACCUGCUGCCUCUCCCAAGCCCACGGCAUCCAAGCCUUCUGUAACACCCAAGCCUAUUGCAUCACCUAAACUGUCUUCUAAGUCCACCUCAACAUCCAAGCCCAUAUCCUCUCCCAGUUCUUCCAGUUCAAGUGCACUAGUAUCCCAGAGUAGUCACUCCAGCAGCAACAAUUCCCUUCAUAAACAGCCCAGUGGAGUAAAUGUCAGCAGGCAGUCUCCUGCAAUUAACUUACUGCCCUCUAAUCGCACCUCAGGCCUUCAACCAGCAAAGAAUCCUCAGGCUCCUUCAAAGUUGUCCAGCUCUACUGCCUCCGGAACUGUUGGCAAAAAUAACUUGAGUGGAGUUGGAAUGAAUGUACCUGUCAACAGGGGCAGCAACCUUAAUGCAAGUGGAGCUAAUAGGACUAAUCUCUCUGGGGCAACAGGAAAUGGAACACAGGGUGCUACUAAAUUGUCAACUCCACAUAGACCAUCUUCUGCCUCAGGGUCUACAGUUAUACCAGCCAGUGUGCAGUCAACAACAGGUGCAUCAUUACUGGCAAAUGCUUCACCUUUGACUCUCAUGACACCCCUGUCUGUAACCAAUCAGAAUGUGACAUCUGCUCCAUUGGCUCCUUUUGGGAUGCUGGGUAGCCUCGUUCCUGUGACCGUGCCCUUUCAGUUUCCACUGGAGCUACUUGGCUUUGGGACAGACACUGCUGGAGUGACAGCCUCCUCGGGAUCUACCUCAGCGGCUUUCCACCACAGCCUAGCUCAGAAUUUACUGAAGGGUUUACAACCAGGAGCUCAGCAUGCAGCAGCGCUGUCUCACACACCUAUGCCUACUCACUUGCAACAAGCUUAUACAGAUGGAGGCCAAAGUAAAGGGGACACUAAAUUACAGAGGAAAACCCAGUGAUAUCCUGAUCAAGGGAGUUAAAGUGGUUCUGCUUUGCUGAUGAAGACUGACCAGUUGGGAAAGUGCUUACGUGGACACAGAGCUGCUGUUUCUGUCAAUGUUUACAUAUUCUGAUCCCAAGCACUGUGGUGAGAGGAAGAAGAAAGAAAACAAUACUUGAUCAGAGAGAAAGAAAAGGAGGAAAGUGUUUAUGUAAAAAUGACUCAUAGUUUGAUCUCUUCUUAAAAGAACUCCCAAAGCCUUUUCUCCUUUCUGAGUGGCUCAGAGAGAGUUGGCCAAAUGAGAUUCAGUUGUCAAACCUACAGCAGCACAAACCUUUCAGGCUGAUAGGGGGUCUGUGAAAGGAAGCUAAAAUAGACUUCUCCAUCAAUCAUGCAAGUGAGGCCAUUAUGUUGGCAAACUGAAAGUCCCAGGGUCUGCAAUAUAUGCCAGUUAGGAACAUUCUGUAUAACUCUGAAUAAUGUGGAGUACAGAGCAGAAAUAGUGAUUGCAUAGAAACUGAAAGGAAGAAAAUACUUUAGCCAUACAAAGCCAAGGUCACUUAUCCACUGUUUCUUUUUGAAGAUGCUAAAGAUUACAUGUAUCUUGUUUUGGAGAGUUGGUAGCCACAGGGAGCAUUAUUGACCAGGACAGAGUUUGUUUAUGUUUGUGCGCUCUCUCUCUCUCUCGCUCUCUCUCUUGCUCUCUCUGAUGUUCAAAGGAAUGAAGGAAAGGGUUAGAGGGUAUUCCAUAAUCUUUGUAAAUCCCAUGUUUCUAAAUGGAAAUUAAAUGGGAGAUUCUAACUUCAAAUAAUUUUAUAUAAAAUGGGGCACUAAUUUGAUUUUAUCAGACCAGAUCUUGCUUUAAAUCUUCUGAAGGAUUUUUGGGGUGGGUGGGGGCAGUCUCUCUGGGGUUUUUUGUCCUUAGGCUUGCUGUACUACAGAGUUGCCUUGUAUUUUCAGAUAUUUAACAAAGCCUAGAAACCUCCAGUUUCCAUCCUUUAUUAAGAUAGUUGUGUCUGUUCUUCUCCUAAUAAUACUAAGAAGUCACACACUGUAUGGACUUCCCAGUUAACAAGAACUAUAUGUAGCUUGCUUUCUGUAUGCAAUCUUGCUUUUCUCAGUACUUACUGUUCAAAGCUUUCUCCAAAGAGUGGUUGAGGUGCCUUCUGCCUAGGCUUAAAAUUAACAUCUCCAGCAUUCCUAAUACCUGCAUAAUUGGGAGGUGUAAAACCUGAACCCUUUGUUGCAUGGUAACACAGCUUCUAGGCUGACUUUGUGUUUGAUAGCAAUAUGUUCCAUGUUUGGCAAGCCAAUGUAGGAAACACUGAUCUCUUACUGCACUCCAAACAGGAAUAUUUGGGUUAAUGUAUGUGUUAUAUUUCUGUGAGAGCAAAAAUGAAGAAGGCAUGGCACAUGGUGCUGUAGAAACUUUCAUGAUUUUCUGAUUUAAUAACAAGAGUCAUUGGUCUGAAGCUUUUUCUCUCACUUAAAUCUGAUAUAUUUUGUGACUAUAAUUACUAGAGGUUUUCGGUCAUUCUUAAGCUAGAACUGGCCAGUGUCUUCACACCUGUAAACAUUAAGGCCAUGAUCCAAUAAAGAGAGAUACAUGCAGGAUAACAUGUACAGCUGCAUGCUUCCUUGAAAUUCCCACUGCAGUAACUCAUAUAGCUGAUAAAGCAAACCACAUUUUGAACAAAUAGCAUAAGCGGCUGCAGUAGAAAUUUCAGAGAAACUUAUGGCUUUAUAUACAGUCCUACCUAACAUAUGCAUAUAUUUUUAUUGUAUAGUGACCAAAUAUAAUAGUUCUGUUGCCUUUUGUCGGACAAAAUUCUAUUUUUCAAUUUUACAGAGGCAUCGUAUUUUAUCUUAGAAAGCCAGAUAAGCUCAUCAUUACUACUUGGAUCUAUCAUUAACUGUAUAUGUAAAAGCAUACAUAUAUUUACAUAAUAUAUAAUCACAGUAAUUGAAUGUUGAAUUGAGCCUAUUAAUAAAGAAUUUUCCCACAAAAAUAUGGAAGAAAAAUAAGCUCAACUUUAAAUCUAGACUUUUUUAACCUCAAUACAUGGUAGAUUAAGGGCUUUUUAAAAAGCAUUUUGUAGCCCUGGUUAGAGGAAACUACAGUGUUAAGUAGCCAUACUUGAUUCAAAAGCUCUUUGGCUGGGGCAUUCUCCAAAGCCUUAUAUUCCCCAGAAUGUUAACUGACUGAUCUCUUCUCUAACAAAAUUUGCUUAGUUUUGAAAUAAAGAUAAAAGCUUUCCUGUUCUCCACAAACACAUCUUCUAUGCAUAAAUGAACAUACUCUUCUCUUUGUGGGUUGCAAAUUUAAAUGUAUUUUUUAAGUUUUGGAGAUCUUAAAAGUGCUAACACUUUCAGCCAAUAAAAUAAUAACUCUUGUAGAUAAGGCUUGAAGUAGAGAAGUGGAUUCACAAGCUGUUGCAAGAAAGCCCAACAAAUAUGAGGUCACAUCUGUUGACUAUACAAGGUAUCUGGCACCUGGUAAGCCUGACUUCCCAGACUGUAUUAUGAAAAUUAAAGCUUUGGUAGGCAAUAUCCACUUACUGUCCUUCUAUUUCUUGUAAUAUAUUAUGGAAGAAGGUAUUAUGAGCCACAUUUUGGAAGUAAAAGUUUAGGCUUUGCCAAAAAAAUAUAUUGCUUGUAAAAAUAAUGCACCAGACAAAAGAGAAAUAUUGAAGCUACUAGAAAGCACUAUUUGCAAAAACUCAGCCUCUCCCUAAGAACUCCGCACUUUCUUUAGAAUGUCUCAUUUCCUGUCAAUUCUUCCAUAUUUUUAAAGCAAAAUCUAACUUCUGGUACAAAACUUCACUGUAUCUUAAGGUAUCGGAGAAUGAAACUUUUUCCCUUGGAAGAGUAUCCCACAAGUUGCUUUCUUCCUGCCCUUCAGUAUAUCCCCUAUUCAAUCCAUGAAAGAGAGAGUGGAUCAGACUCCACAGCAAUUCAAUUGGGUCUCUUUCACAAAAUGGCCAACUUAGAAUAAGCUCACCAUAUGACAUUAACUUAGUCCAGUCCUCACCAACAGUCAGCUUCUGACUGGAGACAUUGUGGAAGCAUUAAAAUAAUGCAUGCCAGCUCUUCCAAGUAUGCUCAGUAAAACAAUGAUGGUGGAAUGAAUCUUAACAAUCAUUCCCAGUGCCUUGUUGAAAAGGGCCUAGAGACAUGAGCCAACUAGAUGAAGGUAUCAGCAGCAUUCCAAUUGAACAUUUAAUGUUAGUGUACUUGCUCCCUAGUAACUCUUCAUUUAGGCCAUUUUUGAAGAGUUUGACUUCUUUUUCUUAGCCUUUGGGAAUUUAACCUGCUCAUAUAUUAGCUCCCCUCAGUAUCACAAGCAAUAAGAGUCAAAGCUGUCAUUCUGGGCAGUUGGACUGAACUGAUUUUUGAGGACUGUGAGUUAAAAUGGCAAGCUCACACUAAGCCUCAGAUACAAGCAAUAAUUUUCAAAUACAGGUUUUGAAGUUAAAUCUCUUUUUAAAUUGCCGUAAGCCUUCUGCUAUGUGUCUUUAAUCUUAAGACACAAUAGCAGUUACUAGGUUAUAUGUGAUCUCUGCAAAUGCAUGGAGAAAGGAUGUACGCAUUGAGAAAUAUUAGAUACCAACUUCAGCUGUCUUGAUAGUGCAUUGCUCUCCUCUGCCCGAAGAUAUAAGUUGAUGACAUUAGUCAGUCCUUUUUUGCUCAGCCUUCUAUAUCAGCUUGUCUCUCAGAGAAUUAAUGGAAAUGCUGAGUUAAAAAGUCCCAGGUGUGGGUGCUGUGGGUUUGACAUCUGUUUCCAUGAAAUCAAAAGUGACUUCGAAUUUAUCCGUAGACUGUGAGUGGGGCAGGCAACCAAGAUAUGCUUCCUCCUGUUCCCAGCUGAUUGAUCCAACCUCCACAUAGCCUCUCCACUUGGUCCAAAGCAGCUGACAUGAAAGUAAAGAGAUUUUGCAACUCCCGAACCAACAUCUGUUUUACUGAACCAUAACCGCGUGAGGGGAUUAGUCUCCAUGCCCAACUUAUCAUGUUUGCUGCUACAUUCAUGAAAAGAAUUUUUGGCUAUAUUUAUAAGUAAAUUUUUUAAUCUAGUUUAUGGAUUGGUUUUGGAGUUCUUUGCCCACAGAAAGAUUAGAUACUAAGGGUUUGGUCUUGGUUUCUUGGAGUGCGUCGGCAAAAGAUACAGCGAUUCCUCUUUUAUUUCUGGAAUUUUCAGGAUAGUAUUGCAGGAAAAAAGCAAAACCUGCAAUCAAGCUAAGCUUUGGAAGGUUUUCACCCAGACCUCCAUCUCUUCUUAUGUCGGAGGUCACUGUAGUCACUUGCUCUUUCUGUUUUCCAAAAAAUAAUCCGAAGGUAAAUAUGGUAGGUAAGCAACUGGUCAACCAACAUUUUAUGCAAUUUAUGGCAAUCUUUAAAUGUUUUUAUAUAAUUUUGGUUCUAUCUCUGAAUGGUGUUAUCCCUCCACAACUUACUUGAUGCAGGCCUUUCUCCUUGGUUAAGUGCCUUUAAUUUGUUUUGUUCCCUCCUUUCCCCACAAAAUAUACUCAGAGGUCCUAAAGUGCUAGGAGGCAUUUGGGAGAACCUUUAACCUGCCAAGAUGACUUCAUGCUGUUAAAAUGAUUUUCCCUUCUGUAAUUAGUGUUCAAUGUGUGUAAUGUUAUAGCUGCUGUACCAUGGCAUUCAUUCUUAUGUGCUUGCUUUCACACAAAGCAGUAUUCUUACAAGUCCUAAUGAUCUGUCCGUUUUCUGUAGCGUUAAUGUUUACUGAUGAAGGCAAGCAUUCGCACAGAUGACAAUAUAUGUAUUUGAGCAACUGUAAGGAAGUGCUUGAUGGGAAACUAAUUGAGCUGUUCCACUGAUGUUAUAGGUUGUGAAGGAAAUUUUAAUGUUGUUCCAGUCCACUAAUGUAUAGAAUAUUGAGUAAUCUCAAACAGUCACUAUUAAAAUUUGAUACAACACCCUACACAAGAUAAAAAUAGAACUGAAUAAAAAUUUCAAAGGCCACAGAUUAUUCCAAGAGAAUUACUGGUUGCUAGUCUGAUACUAAAAUUCAUUUUGGCUUUGGCACCAUAAAUUAAUGGUUUACAGUGACAUAAUUAAAACAUCAGCUACAGUUAUCCUUUCCAUUUGACUCUACUCCUGCCCCCUUUCCAUCAGGAAACCUGUAUGCAAGGUUGUACUGAUGUUCCUGAACUUUCUGCAGUUGCAUACAUUUGGGCCAUUUUUUAAUUGUUACAUCCUUCUAGUUUCAACCCUCGAUGUUCCCAUGCAACUAAGCCAAUAGUGUGUGGGCAUGGGAAGAAAGUGACAGCCCCAUUACAUGAUUACAGUUGAGUCCAACCUCUGGUCUGAGGGUACCAGUGUUGUAUUUAUGCUGGAGUUGGGAUACUUGCACUCAGUCUUAGGGGCCUUGUGCCUGUUCAGUGGCUCAAAGAAUUGUAUCAGUAGAUAGCUUAUCUGAUGACAGUAGUGACUGAAUUUUCUAAAUUUAAAACUGUAGUUUUCCUAUGCACCAAAUACAAAGAGAGCUUCCUUGCUUUACUCGGAUACACAACUUUACAUCUGUGUCAGAAUGAGCUCUUUUCAGGAGUUAUUCUUUGUACAUACAGGUAAGGCGUGAAGAAGAAAAUGGGACUGCAUCAUCUAACCACAGCUCUUGUGCCAAUAUUCUCACUGGCCACACCCCAUACCUCUAUAGACUUGGAGGCCCGGGACAUGCCAAUGAGUACAUCCACAUGGGGCCAUGGCUAGUGACUGUGAUCCCAUUGAACCUACCAUGUCUUUGCUGUACACAGGAGGCAUAACAUCUGUAUAGGGUUCUUGUUACAACAGAAUCUUGCUAUAGGUAGCAAAUUUGCUAAAUAGCAGCAAAAUAGUUUUAUGCAAAGAAUCACAGCAAGGUUUCACUUCUUAAUGUCAAGACUUUUUUUUUUUUUUUUACAAAGCCUACUACUGUAAAUUAAUGAACUGUGAGAAUUGUAAAAGAUGCAACCUAGCAAUCAAGACAACUAAUCAUGCAUUUUAAAGCUUGUUAUAUAUUUGCAAAUUUUUAAUCUGGGUAACUUUAACAGUAUACUACUUAAGGUUCUACUAUUUCUUGAAAACAAAUUUAAGUUGCAUUCUGCCUAACAUCAAUCUUGAAUGGAUGAUUGAGCAUUCUGAAUAAUGCUGAAUUGUGCUAUAUCUAAAAUAGCCACCUGUUCAAGUAAAGGUGUUCAGGAGAAAUGUGGCUGAGGGAGAUGUACGAGUCAUGAGUUAGCAUUGCUCUGAUUGUGGUGCAAAUGUGAGAGGACUGUCCUUUCUCUAGCCAAUAAUAAUGAGUUUUAAUAAACUUCCAUUUAGUAAGACGAAAAAUCCUUUUUAGGAAGGAAGAGGUGGGCCAUCAUGCUGUGUGUGAUUUGUUUAGAGGAGUAACCAGAGCUAUGGCCUAAAAUUAAGGACUUCAAGCAAUUUGGAAAGAAUGAGCAUUCCCUUCGCCCUUAACUGAAUUUCAUCUAAUUCAAUAAGUCUCUCAAAAUUGUCAUUCUCUCUGGGUGGAGAUGAUAGAAACAUCAAGAUACAGAAUUAAUGUAACAGUCCAUAAUCCUUUCCUGAAUCCUCCUCAGGACUUCUUUGCUCAGCGUUUGCCCCCAACAGUUUCUACCAAACUUUGGUAGUUGGAAUUUUAAAGGCGCUUUGAGACAAAGCUAAAGAACCACCUGGACACUGCCCACUCCCCCUCUGCUCCAGUAAAUGCUACAUCUAUGUUGAGACCAUCUCCAAUCCUUUCCCCUAACUCAGUUAUGUUUUCCUUGGUCAUAGCAAAAAAUCAGGGCACUGUGUUUUAGUGUCGCCUUACAAUAAAUGUUAUAUUGUGUCUUUGUUCCAUGAAACAAAAAUUAAUUUCUGAAGUUUCCUCCCACCCUCAUGCUAAUCUGUUAAUCAUUCUAAUGCUGUUGACAUCAUAUAGGCAGUGCACUACAUCUGACUCUACUUCAGUUUAAGAACUGAGGCUUUUUCACUCAGUGUACUGACAUGUAACAGUAAAGAUACUUAAGUAUUUUUGACUGCCCAGCAUAAAAAUAAGCUGGGAGAAACUAGCAAACUCAUCACAAACAAAAUGAUAGAAUGGCACUCAAAGUUUAUUUAAUGGUGACUUCUUUUCAGCACUAGUCAGUUUCAUGUUGAGCCUUCCCACCCACCCCAACCCCAUAAAGCCUUAGUUCUAUUAGUAAGCAGUUAAACUAUGCAUAAAACUAGACUUCAUGUUCCAGUAUCCUACUUCUCCCCCUUCUGAUGCAAUGUCUACCCAAAGAAACAUGACAAAGCUUUUUGAAUGUGUGUACCACAUAAAUAUUUUUGUAACAUGGAAAUUUAAACACUAAAUAAUGAGCAGCAACAUUUUUCACAAGUAGAAAGUUCCUGUCAUGAGACUUCAUGGCUUAUGGGGGGAUACUCAAAUAUGAUGGUGUUACGCUUCAAUUAGCAUAAUCAAAUAUGCAGACACAAAAUAGAUAUCUGAGAGUAAAAUUUCUCUCUACUAUCAAAUGAAAUUUAGUAAAAUUUACAAUUGAUUGAAUACCUCACCUGUACACAGAGACAUGUCAGUUAAACUGGAUCUCUCUCUAGACGGAACUUCCUUUUGAAUUUAAGCUAACUUGGGAUCCUCAUCUUUCUGCCUCCUCUUGCACCCUUCAGUAUUAGACCUUCUACAGAUUUGAUAAUUCAGACUCAGAUCUAAGCUCCCUGAUAUGGCAAAUGCUGCACUUUUUUGCAUACAUUCUCAGUGUUGGGAGUAGAUUUAAGUUAAAAUAUUUGGACUGCAAGCUAGCAGAAAGUCAGUUACAUUUGUUUUAAGAAUAUACUCAUCUUCAAAAGCUGCUGAGCACAGCUACAUUGUUAGCAUUAAGAACUAACCUCCCUAUUUUUGUUUUCCCACACAGUACCUGGAUAUUACAUUGCAUUGUUAAAAUCUUUGUCUAGUAUCUUCUAGGUUAGAAGAUGCUGUCUAUACUUGGGCAUCGGUGUGGUUAUAAAUAUGAAACACUAAGCUGAAACUCUUCAUUCCAGAGCAUAAGAUACUUCCCCUAACAAUGGGAUUCAAUCAAUGGUAGAGCUUCCAAGUUUUUAAAAGCUAGCUAUUUUAUUGUACUACAAAUACUCCCAGUGAAAGGGUUCAGUAUUAUCUGUGGUUGCUUUUCCCCCUCACUUUUCUACCUAACAUUCGGAAGGAAAGUCAGCCUUUAAUAUCUGGCUGGCUACACUCUUGAAUAUAAGGCUAUACAAAAUGAAGAGCAAGGAGACUUCCACAUGGCUAGCUCACUGUUUUGACAAAAUUGACACGUGUACUUUUAAAAGAACAAAAAAAUACCGCAGAUUUUGUGUGGCCCUCAUUAAUGAUACAAAACUCUCCUUAUUGGGUAGUGGUGCUAUAAUAAACCAUACUUAGAUGCAUCUGAAGCAGUCAUUCUGUUCUGUAUUUAACUUGGUUCCACAUGAGGGCUUUACUAAGUGUCUGAAUAUUCCUCGAGCUAGGGGAAAGCUUAUGGCAUGUGGAUAAAGUGCUCCACUAAACUUCUUAUGUAUGAUGUGUACUCUCCAUGCAACAAAUAUAUUAUAGUUCUAGUGAGUGGGGCUUGAGCCGGCAAACACAGCCACUUAAUUAGUGAUUGGUGCCAACUGCUUUCGGUUUUGCUUUUUAGGGAGAUGUGUUCUACUGACAUGAAGGGAUACUGAAUUUUAAAGAAAUGAGUUGAUCUUUUCCUCCUCUCUCAGACUGAAUCUGAACACAAUAUUUGAAUUAACUUUUUUGUAAUAAUCUCAGGACCUGAAAGAUUGUAGCAUAGUGUGUCUUAAAUGAUGUACUGUACCAGCCAUGAAUUUUGUAAAUACCUGUGUCUCCCUUUUUGUAUUUUUGUGUUUUAAAAAGUGUGUGAGGCUCCUUAUCAGAAGAACUGGUGCCUGCUUAGUUUCCAUCUGGAACUGGAGUAGGAAAAAGGGAAAACUGCUGCCUCAAAAAGCCUGCACCAGUUCUCAAUGUGCAUCUAGACCUGUUCAGUUUUAGAGAUGCAACUAACUGGGAAGCACAUGCUUUCCCUCCUAGCACAUUUUAUUGUGGUCUAGAUCUGAAGAAUGAAAUGGAGAAUAAGGUGUACUUGUUCCAAAACCUCAUUGCUUCAUAUCUCUAUAUGAGUGUUAUUUUGUUUCACUGGCCUGCCUUUGAGGUCUAGGAAUAACUUCCUUGGUUUCAUUUUUCCAAAUAGGGUGCAGAAUUUUAUUUUUUGGCAACAGACUUCCUCUGAGAAUCCAACUGUAGCUAGCUAGCAGAUAUCUGAUCUGAAGUGGGAGCCUUGUUCAACUGAGUGUAGAUGUACCUGUCCUUAAGUGUGGCAGGACCUUCAUGAGUGUUUUUAUUUUGUAUGUGUCAUGUGUCUGUGCUGUAUUAAAUAAAGAGGAAUGUACAUAAAAGCC